GAUCACAUGUUAGUUGCUUUUCUAUGUAAACUGAACUGACAAGAAAGUUGUUGUAAAUAUCUUCAGUGAUUUACAUUCGCUAAUAAAGCUUCGAAUUUCAACAAUCAAUUGUCUUAUUCGUUUCGGGUCUGUCUUCGGCUUAGGAACAACUAAUUUAGUACAGUUUGAAACAAGGUUCGUGCGAUUUAAAAACAACAGAAAUAUCGACAACCAGUUCACUUCAAAACAUGCGUUUCCACAAUAAUUUUUAUUAUCAUCUUACAUGUGUUGAUGUGCUAUUUUAAUUUUCGAUUUUCUACCGAUACUUUAUCCAGAUCAUCAAAUUUCAUUACCAUCAACUUGGUCAAUUAGCUUUAUUAUUAUUAUCAAUUAGGUCAAUUAAUAUGAAAAAUGUAUCGCAAUCCAUUAAGACUAUUGGCUCAAUGCGCCGAAAGUCUUUUCCUGUUGAUCAAAAAAUGAACAAUCUGACGAAAUUUAAAGGAUUGACACCACUUGCUGGAUUCUCAUAUUCAAAACAGCUUGAUAUAAAACAAAAAAGAACAAGUCAAAUUCUCGAAACACUGACUGACAAAUUGAAAGGCAUGAACUCAUCUGUAAUACCUGAUGAACGCGGACUGCCUUGUUUAUUAGAAAGAAUAGUGGCCUCUCCUGUUACUAAAGGUUACCGUAACACUGAUGACUUUUCAAUUUGGCCUGGGCUGGAUAAAAAUCCUAAAACUGUAGGAUAUAUUAUGGGUAAAGCUAGUAAUUCCAACAAGAUACCCGUUUGUUUACCUCCAGAUGAUUGUGUAAUUGUUAAAGACUCUCACAAGAUUCUGGUCUCCAAAUUUCAACAAUACCUGAGGAAUCAUUCACCGCUCGGCAUUUGCAUGGACUUUUCUCGAGGAGGAAAUUGGAGACGGUUUUGUGUUCGUAGUAAUGAUUUUGAUGAACUAAUGGGCAUAGCAAUUCUUCAUCCACAAAAACUGUCAUCAAAAGAGUUGAAAGAGGAGCAAAAUCGACUGAAAGAUUUUUUCAUUCCUAUUAGUCAGGAUAUAAACCUAAAAUCAUUUUACUUUCAGGCCUGUCCUGGAGUUCGCUGUACAAAUAGAAGAGCACCUUUCGAAUUAUUGUUUGGAGAUGAACACAUUGACGAAGUUAUUAAUGGCACAAAAAUAAGAAUUACUCCCGAACCGUUUCUCCAAGUAAAUAAAGGUGCUGCAGAAAUGUUGUACAGACAAAUAAUCGAAGAGAUUGAACCCCAAUCUGAUAUGACAAUUCUUGAUAUGUGCUGUGGUUCUGGGAUUUUGGCAAUUCAACUGGCACCAUUAGUCGAAAAAGUCAUUGGAGUUGAUUCAUGCGAGGAAGCUAUCAAAGAUGCAAAAAUGAAUGCUCAAACGAACAAUAUUACGAAUUGUAAUUUUAUACACGGAACCAUGGAAGAUUAUAUGGUGAAAAUUAGUGAGGAUCUCUAUUCAGAUGAUCUUGUUAUGGUAGUGAACCCAGGAUCAGGUGGAUUACCAAGUGGUGUUGUCAAUGUCAUAAGAACUAUGAGUAAUGUUUCUAAAUUAAUUUAUGUAUCUUGUAAGCCGGAGGGUCAAGCUUUAAAAAACUUUGCCCAUCUCUGUUUGCCAUACAGACCAAAUGAUGAUAUUCAAGGCGAUCCUUUUAUUCCUGUUAAAGCUAUACCCUUUGACUUAUUCCCACAAACUGAAAGAGUUGAAUUAUUAGUUUCAUUUUCUCGUAUUUAGACGCUGAAUAAAAUUCUUUAAUGUAAGUGCCGAUAAAAUUGUAUAAUGUACAGAAAAAAGCUCAACUCAGAUUAGACAAUUGCUAACCGAUAUUAAUAAAAUAAAUUCAUUUAAUGA